GCGCUGCUCGCGUGGAUGCCGUCUAACCAUAGUCCAGUUCCAAACUUCUUCUUCGGAGUUCUUUCCGCCGUGCCUUCUUGAACCAACCCCGCUUCCUGUGGGCUGGACGCGUGAGGCGCGUAAGCGGCGUGAGGUGCGGGACACCCAGCAGCAGUGCUGAGAGUGCGUGGUGCAGUUGAGUGUACAGCGAUGAUUAUGAAUUGACUCCACGACACGACCAGCGCACCACCCACGGCACUGCGGAUUCAAGCGCAGCAGCGCCGCGUCGAGGCCCUGAGCCGUUCAUAGCCCUCUUGCCCUCUCACCCGGGUUGCCCCCCCGAUCUUGUAUCAUAUCCUUCUCUCUCGCGCACCCCCCUGACGGUCUCUUGGAAUCGGAGAGAUUUGUACAUAUUUGUCCUCUCCGCCUCUCCGCCCUCUCCGCGUCUCCGCCGUCCGUCAUGUCGUCCCCGACGCUGCUGGCGCGCCAGGCGUCGAUCUACUCGCUCACGCUCGACGAGUUCCAGGCGGCCUUCGCAGGCCCGUCGCACGCCGUCGCAUCCAUGCCCAUGGACGACUUCCUGCGAUCCGUCUGGCUCGCCGAGGAGUCGCACAUGCUCGCAGCCGCGGACCCGCGCGCGCGCGACAGGGCCGCGGGGCUGCUGCGCGCGCGCUCGCUGCGGCGGCAGAAAUCCGCAGCGGCGCUUCCGCGCGCGCUGACUGCGCGGACAGUAGAGGACGUGUGGAAAGACAUUCAGGCGGAACUAGCGGGGGAGGGGGAAGCAGAGGAAGGGGGCGGAGCGCAGCAGCAGGGACGGCAAAUGUCGUUUGCGGAGAUAACACUAGAAGAUUUCCUGGUGCGCGCAGGGAUAUCGAAGGAAGAGCUUAUAGGGGGGAUAGAGGCGAUAGAGGGAGAGCAGGCAGGUGGGGAAGAGGGGAGUGGCGGAGUGGGGAACAGUGCGCGGAGAGAGGGGGAGGGGGAUGCAGUGGCCCAAGGGGAAGAGGCGGAGAGACGGGGGGAAGGAUUGGGGGCGACGGUAGGUGAGGAGGCAGGCGGGGGUGGCUCAGGGGGCAUGGGGGCGUAUAACGGUGCUGGCAGUGCUGCCAUGGCGCCCGAUGCAGCAGCAGCAGCAGCAGCAGCGACAGCAGGGUGGGCGCUGUACCCGCAUGCACUGACGCCAGGGCAAGCAAACCUCCUAUCCAUGCAGCUGCACCCCCACCACCACCACCACCAGCAGCAGGGGCAGCAGGGGCAGCAGGGCGGCCAGGGCGGGGGAGGCGGAGGCGGAGGGGGAGGGGCAGGGGCAGGGGAGCGGGCGCUGCGGCAGCAGGCGGUGGUGGAGAUGGCGGCGGCAGCCGUGGCGGACGCGGGGCACAGCCACGUGGCGUCCGCCUUCGCCGCCACGCACCACGCCGCUGCCGCCGCUGCCCUCGGAGAGCUGGGAACGCUGGGGUCGCUGGGUGCGCCGCCUGCUGGGCUCCCCAUGGGGCUGGGGAUGGGCGCAGGCAUGGGCGGGGGGGCGCCGGUGGAGCGGAGGCAGAAGCGCAUGAUCAAGAACAGAGAGUCGGCGGCGCGGUCCAGGGCACGCAAACAGGCGUACACGGUGGAGCUGGAGGCGGAGGUGGCGCAGCUCAAGGAGGAGAACGAGCAGCUGCGCGCGCAGCUCAUGACGGCGCAGACGCAG